AGAAUAAAUCAAUGUCGCAGUGAAAGACGCAUGCGAGCAGCAAGGGAGGGAGGGAGGAAGAGGAGAACAGGCAGACCGGGGAGGAAGCAGACAAAGCUGUCAAACUCCAAAAUCCGCUGUGAGACAGAGCUGCUUAUUCAUCAGCGCUCAUCUAAUUUUUAAAAAAAAGUGAGAUUUUAAAUCAGGGAGGGAUGCAGGCUGCACAGGGGGAUAAGUCGGAGUUGGACUUUAAGUUGGACAUUUGUGCGCGUGGCUGUGGAGGGGCCAGGCUGCCCGCAGACGCAAAGAUGAUGGAGGAAGACAAGGACGAAAAGAGGAAGAUCCAGUUUUCUGUGCCUUCAUCCGUGCCAGUCCAACUGGACCCGCGCCAGGUGGAGAUGAUUCGACGUCGGAGGCCGACACCUGCCACGCUUUUCAGACUGACAGAUGCAGCGUCUCCUGAGGAAGACAGUGGCCAGCGUCAGCGGUCCCUGGGUGAAAAAGGCGUUUUAAAACCUAAACUUGUUCAUAUGUCAACUUACCAGCCACCCUCUCUAAAAGCUGUCCAGAGGAUGGCCCAGGCACACUUCUCCUCCUUAGACAUGGACAAAGAGACUUCUCCAGCGGAUGAAGAGGUGCAGCGUGAUGUGAAGAGGCAGCAGAUGGGCGCCGCCACAGUGCCAGAUCCGUAUGAAGAAAGCAAAGCAGGAAAAUCCAACAGCGAAGGCUGAGCUCAGCCUUGACAAAUGAAAAGAAACAACACCCAGAACGAGGGAGGAAAGAGUUAAUGACAAAAGAAAAGAGGUCUGAGAGAAAUCAAGUCGGGAAGAGUGUUUGUAAUUGUAAGAUUUUGUGUAUGCAUGCCACAAAAACGAUUAAUUCGGGCAAACAUUUCUGUUAUUUAAAAGUUGGAACUCCUUUGAACAGAUUAGAUCAGAAGUAAAUUAAUAUUUUAUUUAAAUUUCAGAAACACUGCAAUAGAAUAACUAAUUUCCAAACGUGUUUUUUGUUUAUAUAUUCAAAUGCUGACCAAGAACCACAUUGAUUUGCCUAAAGGAAUUAAAUAUAAUUAAAAAAAAUGAUGUAGUUAUAGUAACUUAAGUGUGAAGUAUUUAAGUUGUGUUACUAGAGCAACAAUGUUUUACUGAAAUUAGUCUAACAGAAAGGGAGUUUUUAUUUUUUGUACAGUUCUCAGCCAGAAAGUGGGAAUGAGGUUGUGGAGUGAACGCGGUGCAUGAAUGACCUUUGAUAGAUAUUCUCAUGGGAGUUCUCUCAGGAACUGUACACGUUUGCAAGGUCAAUGGGAAAAAAAA